AUGAGUAAAGGAGGAUCAGAAACGAAUUUAUUGAGAAUAGAAGUUCUUGAAGGACAGCAUUUAUUUGUUAGAGAAAAUACAAGUGGAGAAGCUACAUUGGUUAUUUCAGUAGAAAAAGAAAAGAAGAAAAUUAAAAUAAACAGAAAAGAUAAUCCUAUUCCAGGGACACCAAAUAAUAAGAUUGAAAUAGGAAAAAUUCCAAUGGGAGAACAUGAAAUUCAAUUUUUAUUUACUGAUGCAGAAAAGAAACAACCAGCAAAACAUUAUAGAUGUAGUAUUUCAAUGACAGAAUUAUUACCAUAUAAUACUAAUCAUGUUAAAGAAUUAGAAUUUGAAAAUGAAGUUAAUAAAGAUGAUGAACAAAAACCAAUAUUUAAAAUAUCAAUGUUUUUGUUUCAACAAAGAGAUAGUAAAGCAGAUAAAGCUAUUUUAAAGAAAGCAGGGGCAUUAAUAAUUGCUACAAAUAAUUCUGAUUUAAUGUUAAUUAUGUCAGCAUUAGAAUUACCAAAAAUAGAUGUAAAUAUGUGUGAUAAAGAAGAGAAAAAUACAGCAUUACAUAUUGCAACGAUGAAAUCAACGAAUGAACAUAUUUUAUUAACAUUAUUAAAAGAUCCAAGAAUUGAUGUUAAUGUAAAAAUAAAGA